UGGCCGGUCUCUCCACUGCGGUGGUGUUUACUUCAGCAUGGCCAAAGUUUCUAAGAAGAAAGCGACUAAGAAGGGUUUGAAGAAGCGCUCCGAUGUGAGCGACGAGAAGCCUGAAGUGAUGUACGACGACGACGACGACGAAGAUUUCAAAGCAGCCGAUGAGAACAUCACCAGUGAGGAGGAGGAGGACGGCGAAGAUGAGCGAAAACGCCAAAAGCUGCUGGAAGCCAUCAGCUCACUCGGUGGGAAGAGGAAGAAAAGUCUGGGGGAGAGGUCCGAGGCGGCCGUCCAGAUGUCCGAGUUUACUGUCAACGCCGAGGGGGAGGGCGACAAGAUCGACCUGUCGGACCUCAUCGGGACGAUGGAGAAAACCCCCGCCGUCUCGACCAAGACCAAGAGGCAGCUGAAGAACCUGCAGCGGAGCAAAACGACCAUGUCCUGCCCUCUUAGCAAGCAGGAGAGUGAGAGGAUCCAGAGAGAUGUGGCCUUCCAGAAGGCAGCCACGGAGGUGACCCAAUGGAAUAGUAUCAUCAAGCAGAACCAGAGGGCCGAGCAGCUGGUCUUCCCCCUGAACCAGGAGCCCUCCGGACCCAAACCCAUGGAGAGGGUGGUGACCGGCUGGAAGGCGCGAACCCCGCUCGAGGAGGAGAUCUUCGCUCUCCUGUCCACCAACAAGCAGCCCAUCAAUGACCCCAUCCUGACCCCUGCUGAGGAGACCUCCAUGAGGGCGAUGAGCCUGGAGGAGGCCAAGAUCCGCCGGGCAGAGCUGCAGAAAACCCGGGCCCUGCAGUCCUACUACGAGGCCAAGGCCCGCAGAGAGAGGAAGAUCAAGAGCAAGAAAUACCACAAAGUGCACAACAAGGCCAAGCGUAAAGAGUUCCUGAAGCAGUUCGACGAGAUGGUGAAGACGGACCCGGCCGCCGCCCUCGAAGAGCUGAAUAAGAUGGAGCUCGCCAGGAUGCAGGAGAGGAUGUCGCUCAAGCACCAGAACAGCGGCAAGUGGGCCAAGUCGAAGGCGAUCAUGGCCAAAUACGACGAGGGGGCCCGCAAAGCCAUGCAGCAGCAGCUGGAGGUGAACAAAGAGCUGACCCAGAAGAUGGUGACCUCGCUGAAUAAUGAGGAAGAGGAGGAGGAGGAGGCAGGUGAUGUAGAAGUGCUGCCUGACUUUGUUAAUGAUGCAGAGCAAGGACUGGAUUCGACAAAUCCCUGGAUGAGAGGCAAGCUGUCCGAAGAUCCCGCAGAGAAAGAGAUAACUGUGAAUCUGACAGCAGACGAGCCUGGAGCAGCCAGAAGUAUAGCUGAGGAAGAGGAGGAUGAGGAGGAAGAAGCAGAGGAGGAAGUGCUCCUCAGAGAGUUUGAUAGCAGGAGGAAACUGCGUCGGGCGCAGGAGGCUGACACAGUUCCUGUAAUAUCUGUGGAUGAUGAUGAUGAUGAUGAUGAUGAGGAGGAGGAGGAGAUGAAGGAGAAUAAAACUGCAGCAGAGGAGCCAGAUGCUUCAGACAAAGAGGAAGAGGAGCUUUUAGAGUUCACAAGUCUUCUCCAAGGCCGGAGGGAGGCUGAAGCAGAGAACGCUGAAGCGGCAGCAGCCGGCAGCCACAGAGACACCUCGCCACAGCUGGACGAAGGGCUGACGCGGAUCAGGACUCUGGAGGACAUGGAGCUCCUCAGUCAGGAGGACUCAGCCGCUGAUAAAGCACCUGUUCAGACCCCAGCAGCAGAAAACCGGCCAUCUGAAACUCAGCAGGUGGGAAAAAACAGAAAAAGAAAGCGAGGGAUUGAGCUAAAAGAAGUUCUCACCAAAGAGACAGGAGUCCUCCAGGUCCCGCUCGCUCCAACCAUUGAGGACUCUGAGGACUCGGAUGAAAAGCUGGACCAGAGGAGCCUCAUUAAAGAGGCCUUCGCUGGAGACGACGUCAUCUCAGACUUCCUCAAGGACAAGAAGAAGCAGGAGGACGCCGGGAAGCCACAGGUGGUGGACUUGACGCUGCCUGGGUGGGGCGAGUGGGGAGGGACGGGCCUCAAGCCGUCCCGCUUCAAACGCAAGAAGUUCAGGAUCAAGGCGGCAGCGCCCCCACCCAGGAAAGACCAGCAUCUGCCCAGCAUCAUCAUCUCAGAGGAGAGAAACAGCUCCCUCAGCCUCCACCAGGUGAGCUCGCUGCCCUUCCCCUUCCAGAACCACGCGCAGUUCGAGAACACCAUCCGUUCUCCGCUGGGCCGCACCUGGAACACCGAGCGCACCGUUCAAAAGAUCAGCAAGGCCAGGGUGGUGACCCAGCUGGGCGCCAUCAUCGAGCCCAUGACCCGGGAGGAGCUGAUGAAGGACAAGACGAAGGUGUCUGCAGGGAGCACGAGUGAUGUGGCGAAAAGAAAACACUGACCAGAAAAACCAGCUGGUCUGCAAACACUCAGUCUGUGUGAUCACGUUUCUUCAGUCCACCUGAGAAUAAUCCAGAGAAGUGAAGUUAUGUGUUUGACAAACUGUAACUCCUCUUUUUUCCAGAGCUUUUCAUGACGUAUGUUUGAUAUUAAAAUCUCUUCAAUCAAACAGAAGUUUAAAGAGAAUAUUUGAAAUAAAUUUCACCUUUGAAGUUAAAGAUACAGUUACACUCUCAGUAGAAUUAAAACAGCUGUUAUUGUCCAGUAGUCAAAGGCGUCACACUGUGUUAAAGUCUCGUCCUGCUCUCACCCUGCUCUCAUCCUGCUCUCAUCCUGCUCUCAUCCUGCCAGCCUCUACUAGAAAUGCAGCGUUUUCAUGUUGUCCUCAUGUUCAGAGCAGGUGACCUUUUAACCCCACAAACCCUGUGCUAAUCCUCCAUGCAUCAUGUAAGAUACUCCAUCACAAGUGAAAGUCCUGCUUUCACAUUGUUAUUUAAAUAAAAGUAUAGAAGCAUUAACAGCAGAAUGUCUCCAGAGUAUCAGAAGUGAAACCAGUCAUCAUGCAGAAUGACUGCGUUUACAUGUAUAAGUAUACUUCAGUAUAUUUCUAAAGUAUUCACGUUGAUGCAUUCAUGUCUGAGCAGCAUUUUCAUGUUACCGGUAGAGGUGUUUGUGUUAAGGGUGAUUCAACGUACUGUUUGAGUACAUUUUGUAUUUGACACACUCAUUAUAGGUUUAACAGCUGAAUCUGUAAAGUAUAUCUUUAAUGAUAAAUGGAGUAAAAAGUGCAGUUUUUUCCUCUGAGACGUAUUAAAGCAGAAAUAUGAAGACAAGCAGUUUGAGAAAAUGUUCUUAUUUUCCACUAAUUUAAAGCGGAAAGGCUGUUCAGGCAGACAGAAGAUGGCAAAUCUGUUGAGCUGAAUUGUAAAUGUUCUUUAAAACGUCAGAUUCAGCAUCUGGAAUGAUGCACAAGCUGGUUUCUAUAUGACUGAAAGGUUUAAGCUGAAGCUUCGUCAGUGGGAAUGUAGGUGAACACAGUGGGAGCAUGAAGUGAAACAAUCCAGGAAACAGCAUUAAUAAUAAGAUCAAAGUGUUUGGAAACAGCAUUAAUAAUAAGAUCAAAGUGUUUGGAAACAGCAUUAAUAAUAAGAUCAAAGUGUUUGACGUCGGUACAUCAGAAAGCUGAGAUGUUUGUGUUGUUGUUUACGUGUAAUCAGCUGAUUUUUAUUAGACAAGUUGUUGUACUGCUGCUGUUUAUGAGACACAUCAAACAUUUUUGUCUUGGCUACAAGACUAAAACUCGAGUAUGAAGCACAAAAACAUUUGAAAUGACGUCCAGCUGUGGAAUCAAUGCUGUGCUGAAACAGUAUUGAUCAAAAGCAGGUCGAUCAGCAGCUGUUUUGAUAAUUGAUUUGUUUUCAUUCCUCUUUUUCGGUUUCUCAGCGUUCAGAUUUUCUGCUUCUCUACAUUAUGUGAUAAUAAAAUACAUCUUUGAGUUUUGGA